CGCUGGGCCAUCGAGGCCGCUCUUACAUGCUGCGUCUAAAGCCCGGGGCCUCGCCACUCUUUCUCCUCGUCGAGGCGCUCAUACCCUAGGCGGCCAUGGCGAUGGCUCCCCACGCACCAGCGGCGUCGGCAUUCCUCGCCCAGUCGGAGCUCGUCCCAGCUCGCGAUCUCGCCGCGCUUGGAGGAGGAGGAGGAGCUUCUUCGAAUUCCCCGCUGCCGCCCGCGGGUCGCCUCAAGAUCGGCCGCGCUAGAAAAUGCCGUGCCAUGGCGUCGGCGGCCACCGCCGCGGCUCCAAAGCGCGAGACCGAUCCGAAGAAGAGGGUGGUGAUCACGGGAAUGGGACUCGUCUCGGUGUUUGGAAACGAUGUGGACACGUACUACGACAAGCUCCUGGAUGGGCAGAGUGGAGUCGGGCUGAUCGAUCGCUUCGAUGCCUCCCAGUUCCCUACCAAGUUUGCGGCACAGAUUCGUGACUUCUCGGCGAAAGGCUACAUUGAUGGCAAGAACGAUCGCCGGCUGGAUGACUGCCUCAGGUAUGGAAUUGUUGGUGGAAAGAGAGCUCUGGAGCACGCUGAUCUUGGAGGAGACAAGCUCGAUAAGGUUGACAAGCAAAGAGUGGGCGUACUCAUUGGAUCCGGAAUGGGAGGGCUCUCGGUUUUCUCUGAUGGAGUCCAGUCGCUGAUCGAGAAGGGAUAUAGACGGAUCACUCCGUUUUUCAUUCCUUACUCGAUUACCAACAUGGCGUCGGCAUUGCUGGCUAUAGAGCUGGGACUUAUGGGACCAAACUACUCGAUUUCUACUGCCUGUGCCACCUCGAAUUACUGCUUCUAUGCGGCAGCAAACUCUAUUCGUAGAGGUGAAGCUGACGUGAUGGUGGCCGGAGGCACCGAAGCAGCGAUCAUUCCAGUCGGCUUGGGUGGCUUUGUUGCAUGCAGAGCGUUGUCGCAACGCAACUCCGAUCCACAGACCGCGUCGAGGCCGUGGGACAAAGGCCGAGAAGGAUUUGUCAUGGGUGAAGGCUCUGGAGUUUUGGUGAUGGAGAGCCUAGAGCAUGCCAUGAAGCGUGGAGCGCCAAUCUAUGGCGAGUAUCUUGGUGGUGCGGUAACUUGCGACGCUCACCACAUGACAGAUCCUCGGGCGGAUGGUCUGGGCGUGUCAACUUGCAUCUCGAAAAGCCUCGAAGAUGCGGGAGUUUCUCCCGAGGAGGUAAAUUACAUCAAUGCUCAUGCUACUUCAACGGUGGUCGGCGACUUGGCCGAGAUCAAUGCCAUCAAGAAGGUCUUCAGCGAAUCCAGCGACAUAAAGAUAAAUGCAACAAAGUCUAUGAUCGGCCACUGUCUUGGGGCCGCUGGUGGACUGGAGGCGAUUGCCGUGAUCAAAGCCAUUACCACUGGCUGGCUCCAUCCUUCAAUCAACCAAUUCGACCCAGAGCCCUCCGUGCCAUUUGAUCGCGUCGCAAACGUGAAGAAACAGCACGAAGUAAACGUUGCUAUUUCGAACUCGUUUGGAUUCGGUGGACACAAUUCCGUUGUUGUCUUCGCUCCAUUCAAGCCUUGAACGCUAAGAACCUGAAAAAAAAAAAGAGAGGGGAGGAUCGCACGGCUGCUCGCAGCAAGCUUCAUUUUUGUUAGAGAACAGACCGAUGACAGCAGAAUAAAGAGCGGAUAAAUUCUUUGAAAGAUCCGGUAAUCGACGCGAGAGGCAAAAUUGCCAGAAAUCUUCC